AUGGCUGCUCAACUGUACAAAACAUCCAGCGGUCGUCUUUUCCAUGCCGGCGCGGUUGCCGUCAUUACUGUAGGUCUUCCUGCUCGAGGCAAAACUCAUUCUUCCCGAUCGCUUUGUCGGUACAUGCGAUGGAUGGGCGUAGCCACCAAAGUUUUUAGUGUUGGCAACUACCGUCGAGAACGAUUUGGGUCCAUGCCGGAGGAUUGGUUCGAUGAUAGUAAUGUGGAAGCGGCCCGCAUUCGAGAACAAAUUUCAGACGAAUGCUUGGACGAUAUGAUUGCAUGGCUUACAGACGGCGGACAGCUCGCCAUAUAUGAUGGCAAUAAUAUCAAGGAAAGCCGACGUCGAGAACUUAAUGACAAAUUGCUAGCACAUGAUAUCCAUCCUUUAUUUAUUGAGUUUGUUUGUAACAAACCUGACAUUGUCCUCGAUAACAUUAAGCAUGUGAAAAUUUCAUCCCCAGAUUAUGUUGGAUGGAAUCCAGAAGAUGCCGUCGUCGAUUAUGGGAACCGUAUCAAGCAGCAUGAAGCAAAAUACGAGACAAUUGCCGACACCACCUUGCCUUUUGUGAAGCUCAUUAAUGCGGGAGAACAACUCAUUGUGAAUAACUGCGUCGGUUAUCUUCAGUCACGCAUUGUUUACUUUCUCAUGAAUCUUCACAUCAACCGACGUACGAUCUAUUUUGCUAGGACGGGCCUUGCUAUCGAUGAACGCUCCUACAAGAUUGAUGCGGAUCUAUCAGACGAAGGAAAAAAGUAUGCUGCCAAAUUAAGAGAUUUCGUGGUCGCGUAUCGAGAAAAGAAAAUCACCGAAUCAGGCGUAUCAGAGGAUCAAGACCGGCCCUUGGUGUGGACAUCCACACGAAAGAAGGCCAAGCAAACCGCCUAUCCAUUCAUGGAAGCCGGUUUUCCCGUACGAGGCCAUUCGGUACUUACACAAAUGAACCCCGGCGAAGCCGAUGGAUUGACAAACGAAGAACUCAAAGAAAAAUUCCCUGAAGAAGUUGUAAAAGCAAGAGAAAAUCCAUAUCGACAUCGUUAUCCUCGCGGUGAAGUAAGAAUCUGCUUUUGUCAUGGCUAA